AUGUAUAUCCCACCUGGAAAGCGUCGGGAACAGCAGAAACAGAGUCAAUCCAAAGACCACCAAGUUGAUGCUAAACAGAAUGAUUCUGCAUCGACUAUCAAGCCAACUGAAUCGAAAUAUGCAAAGCAUUCACCACUCCAAUCUAAAGUGAGUGUUGACAAAGAGCAGGGACAGCCAUUGAGUAUGCCAAUCAAAAUGCAGGGAUCCAUUGAUAGCGACAGAUGGAACAGAGGUUUACUACUGGAUUGCACUGAUUCGAAACCAGUCAACUCAUCCACCAGUUCAAUUCAUGAUUCUAUUCAAAAAAAAGGAACUCGAAGCAGUAUUCCUCCCAAAAAGAAUGACUUUGGACGAAACAGUUACAUAUUCAACAGCAAAACUACUGCCCGAUCCACAAGUAACUCUAAUAGCAGUCAUAGUGAUGAGGAGGACUGUUCAGGUAAUACUCGGCGUACUUUUUCAAGCUUACUAAAACAGUCUGCACACCCAAAUCAAUCGGUCAAACUAUCCUCAGAUUUAAGCGCAAAUACUCGCUUGGAUCGCCAACAGGUAGAUGCUGCAACACCAUCAGAAAGUGAUACAGGCUGUAAAAGUGAAUUGGUCAAAGGAGAUGUGGUACAGCAUACCAAGACAUCCAAUGCUACAGGAUUAGGUCGCUUGACCAACGAUUCUGGUAUUGAACAACUUCAAGGCAGUUUGGCUAAAAUGAGCAUAUCUACUGUUCCUAUUGAACGUAGUACGAGCGCACCAGUAUUAGAAAAAACAGGCACAUCUGGACAAGGUUCAUGGGGUCGCCGAUUAACCAGCCGCGCCUCAUUCCAAUCUCAACAUCAGUUACCAUUAGAUCGAACUGGCUCUGAAACACGAGUUUUGGAAGUUUGCGGUAUACCACCUUUCUUCAGGCAGUCUAAUAUUCAGCGGCUGAUGAGCGAGUCGAUAAAGCAAAAUGUACACAUUUCAGUCAAGAUGGAGAGUGAAACAAAGGCAUUUGUUUUAUUUCCAACCUCUACAUUGGCAUGUACUGCAUAUCACAAUACCAAGAAUCAUCCAGAGGUCCAGGUCAAACCUUCAAUCGAAUAUACCAUUGAAUCUCCACGUGCACCAACGUCUGGAUCGCUUCGACCUGUCACAACUGAUAUGACUGCACGACGACUUAUUGCAGGUGCGCUGGGUAUCCAAACUCCACAAAAAUCAAAACAAGGCAUGGCUGAAGAUCGUCGGAAACUACAGGAGGCUAGAGAUGCCAAAAAGAGAAAUCAAUUAGAUCAUAAAGAAAAGGCCAAUCAGAAAACUGGUUGGGAUCUGUAG